AUGAAAGGCCCUGAAACUAGUGAUUGUUUAGAAGAAUUUCAUUCGGAUAAGAGUAAAUGCCAAGAACAUUUUGAUGUUUACAAGGAGUGUAAGAAAAAGGAGAGGGAAGCACGAUUGGAGCGUAAUAAAACUCGCUCCUUAUUCUCAUGAAAUCUAAAGAGAGCUUUCGCUGACUGUAUCAUUGGAAUCAAAGUCAAGAGUUCACCUUCGAUCUGCGGUUUCAUCUGUGGUAGCAAUAAGGUUAUUAGGUUGUCUGAAGCUAUGAUGAGGAGGUUAUAUGCACAAUGUUAUUCUACAAUGUGCUCCUUUUUGUCUUAAUUCUUAAUUUAGGUUCUACAGAACACUUGGAAGCUUUUGUAACUUGCACCGGUAAAUGUAGGAUGCUGAAUAUAUCAAAAUAAAAAUAAGAGUGAUGACGAAGCUGUAUUAAGCGUGUCCUGUUAUGGAAAGCAGGUUGGUCAUCUUGUUCAAAA